AUGGAUUCACGGUCGGUGAGCAAUUUCGAGCUGAAGGCAAUCAAUGCCUGGGAUAAGCGGAAUUUCACGCGCGGCAUCAAGAGCCUGUUCCUGGAGUACUGCUCCAACAGCACCGUGCACGGCAUCAAGUACUUUGGCUGCAAACGGCGCACUCUGUUCGAGAAGAUAUGGUGGAUAGCGACCUUCCUGCUAUCGGUGUACGGUUGCGGCCGGUUGAUCCAGAACAUCUACCGCAAAUGGGACCAAACGCCCGUGAUCGUGAGCUUCGCCGAGAAAUCGACCCCGGUGUGGCAGAUCCCGUUCCCGGCGGUCACGAUCUGCCCGGAGACGAAGGCUCGCAGCGAGUACCUGAACUUCACCCAGAUGUACUUCCAGCUGAACCGAACCUACUGGGAUGAGAAUGCCAAUGAAACUUACGAUCGGUUCCGUGCGGUGGCGCAGGUGUGCGAUGCGCACAUCCUUAGCGGUGUGAGCCUGAACCAGACGUCCGAUCCGGCCUGUGUGGAUCUGCUGCGGAACGUUUCACUGCCGCUCGAGUCGGCGCUGUUCUACUGCAAGUGGCGCAACGAGCCCAACAAGUGCAGUGAAUUCUUCACCGAGACCAUCACCGAGGAGGGCAUCUGUUUCACGUUCAACUCGCAAUCGGCCGAGGAGAUGCUGCGGUUGGACGAGCUGCACGGUGACUACGAGUACAUCUCCGAGAAGCGCAAGUCCCCGCUGUGGUCGCUGGAGAAGGGCUACGCGGAGAACACGGACCUCGACACGUACCCGGUGCGGGUGUUGGGGGCGGGUGCCAGAGCGGGUCUCUACAUUCUGCUGAACCUGUACGAGAAGGAUACAGACUUCAUUUGUCGCGGUCCUGUGCAAGGGUUCAAAAUUCUGCUGCACACCUCCAGCGAGUACCCGCAGGUGUCGAAGCAGUACUACCGUGUUCCACUCCACCAGGAGGUCAUCAUAUCCGUGAAACCGCAGAUGAUAACCACCUCGGAUGGGCUGCGUGACUACACUCCCGAAAGACGGCAAUGCUUCUUCAAUCACGAGCGUCACCUGAAGUACUUCAAGGUGUACACGCAGCAGAACUGCGAGCUCGAGUGUACCACCAACUACACGCUGCACAAGUGCGGUUGCGUCAAGUUCUCGAUGCCCCGGGACGAUCAGACGGAUGUGUGCGGAGCCAGCCAGAUCGUCUGCUACAACGAAGCUGAGGACGAACUGCUCGAGGAGGACGUCAAGUCUAUCGUGGACAAAUCGAGCAACUACCGGGUGAAGUGCAAUUGCCUGCCGGCCUGCACGUCGGUUCAGUACGAUGCGGAGAUCUCGCAGGCUGACCUCGACUGGAAGAGCCUGUUUGCUGCGUACCGACAGAAGCUCGGUGAUGAGCAGAAGGGCGCACAGUUCGCGAGGCUCACAAUCUACUUCAAGGAGGCACAGUUCAUCACGUCCAAGAGGAGUGAGCUGUAUGGUGUGACGGACUUCCUGGCUAACUGUGGUGGCCUGUUGGGGCUGUUUAUGGGCGUUAGUCUGCUCAGCCUGGUGGAGCUGAUCUACUUCUGCUCGAUCCGUCCGUUCACCAUACUGCGGUCGUAUCGGGUGAAGCGUCGUGAGUCAAAUGUGCUAUUUGGGCCUCCGUCUGGUGUCGUCGAGAAGGCGAAGGAGUAUUGA